AUGGGACCAGUGCAUCUUCUAAUCAAACCUCUGAAGAUAAAGAUUUGGAAAAGAAAUUUUGCAAAGAUGACCCAUUUACAUGCUGGACUCAGUCCAGAGACUAUAGAGAAAGCUCGUCUGGAACUAAAUGAAAAUCCAGAUGUUUUGCACCAGAAUAUCCAACAAGUCAGGGACAUGAUCAUCACAAGGCCUGACAUUGGAUUUUUACGUACAGAUGAUGCCUUCAUCUUGAGAUUUCUCCGAGCCAGAAAGUUUCACCAAACAGAUGCCUUCAGAUUACUGGCUCAGUACUUCCAGUACCGUCAACUGAACCUGGAUAUGUUCAAAAAUUUCAAGGCUGAUGAUCCAGGUAUCAAACGAGCCCUAAUUGAUGGCUUCCCAGGAGUGCUGGAAAACCGUGAUCACUAUGGCAGGAAGAUACUUCUGCUCUUUGCAGCCAACUGGGAUCAGAGUAGGAAUUCUUUCAUAGACAUUUUACGGGCUAUUCUGUUGUCCUUAGAAGUUCUCAUUGAAGAUCAAGAGCUUCAGAUAAAUGGCUUCAUUCUAAUUAUAGACUGGAGUAAUUUUUCCUUCAAGCAAGCUUCCAAACUAACACCUUCCAUCCUCAAACUGGCAAUUGAAGGGUUACAGGACAGCUUUCCUGCUCGCUUCGGGGGAGUCCAUUUUGUGAACCAGCCAUGGUACAUCCAUGCCCUGUACACGCUCAUCAAGCCUUUCCUCAAAGACAAGACAAGGAAAAGGAUAUUUCUCCAUGGUAACAAUCUGAAUAGCCUUCACCAGCUUAUACACCCUGACUGCCUGCCCUCAGAGUUUGGAGGGACACUUCCUCCUUAUGAUAUGGGCACUUGGGCUCGGACGUUACUUGGUCCAGACUACAGUGAUGAAAACGACUACACUCACACUUCCUACAACACCAUGCACGUGACACAUUCAUCUUCCAACCUGGAGAGAGAAUGCUCACCAAAACACAUGAAAAGGUCACAGUCGGUGGUGGAACCUGGAACACUGAAACAUGAGGAACAGAGUGAGAAUGAGAACACCCAGCCACUACUGGCCCUAGACUGA